AUGUCCCCCACGCUAAUCGCAACGCACCGUAACAAUCGGGAAUAUGAAGGAAACGUGCGAGUCGUCUCACAGAAUAUAGCGCAAUCACCAGUGGACAAGCCCCGCUCGAGCAAUAGACGAAACAUCCCCGUCCGUCUACUGGAGGUUCGUUCUGAGCCAGACACAGGAGUGUCCGAGCCGCCCAGGGCGGACGGCGCUAUCCCAGCUGAUUCAGACGACAACGGCGAGACCGCCAAGACCGAGGAGCUGGCAGUGAAAGAAACUGCGUUCCUUGAACUGAAUAGCACCAUGGCUAUGGUGCAGCGGAAUAUCAUUCGCGCAUUUGGGACGUUAUCAGACGCCGACGACGCAUCCAGUCUCGCUUGGAAGGAGGCUAUAAAGCUCAAUGACGGCCUCAGAGAGACGCAUUUCAGUGACCGCGUGUCCGAAGGGCGUUCUGCGAUUACGUUGGCCGCCGCCGAUCGCUUCAGCGACGAGGAGCAUGCCGACAUGCGUCAGACAGGCCGCGAGAAGGCGGCAUGUUCUGCGGCGGAACCGUCGCACACGGGGGAGGACCGGGACGAAGCGACGUUCGCCGACGCAUCUCUUCCGACCAGAUCAGCCACCAGAUCAGCGCCCGCGGCCUUGCUCCUACGUGCCCGUAGUCCCGAUCCCACCGCACUACCCUUUCCCACCAGCUCCACUAUCUCCGCAGAGCAAACAGGAGGAGCGGGCACGUUGGCAUCUACGCCCGUACGAGAGGGUGACGCUGGAUUCGUAGGAAUGUUUGAGCCCUAUCCAGAUCGACCCAGCAUCAUGACUGGCGCCCGAGAACCGCGGGUUGCGACGACAAGACUGGGGGUGAAGCGGGCGCGUAUAUCCGACGGAACUGGCGCGGAGAGAAGGGAGAAGUGGACGGCAGAUACCCACGGACACUUUGCAUAA